AUGGAUCGUCUCCCCAUGAUGCUCCCGUUUCUCCCCUCACCUCUCCUCCAAUUCCCGUCACCCAUCACCGCGCCUCAAUCUCCAUUCGCCCAAAUUCUCUACCAACAAUUUCUCCAGCAUCGCCAACAAGUGCUACUUAUGCAGCAAAUGAUGCCAAUGUUGCCAAUGAAUUCAUUUGUCGGCGUCACUCCAUCCCAACACAUCAGUCAACCGACGACAAGCCAUGUGAAAGUUGAAAUGAAAGAGGAGGCAAAAAUGGAGAAAGAGGAAACGACUUCAAAUGAUGUGCUCACCGUUUUCCCACGGAUUGUCACCUGUUCACCGUCGACGGCGAAAUCGAGUGAACAAUCAUCGCCCAACUCGAGCACCUCAUCUCCGCAUCGAGAGAGUUCACCGAAAAUGUCGAAGGUUUUGUCUCCAAGAAGUUGCCCACCGUGCCCCAUUUGCGGAAAGAAAUUCUCGCGACAAUGGCUUCUGCAAGGACAUAUUCGAACACAUACUGGCGAGAAACCGUUCAAAUGCGGCUAUUGCUCAAAAUCGUUCGCCGACAAGAGCAACAAGAGAGCACACGAGCAGACACAUUCCGGAAUGAAACCGUUCGAGUGUGAUCGUUGCGGGAAACGCUUUGCCCUCAAGAGUUAUCUCUCCAAGCACGAGGAGUCGAAAUGUCAGAAGAUUAUGCUCAAAUUUCCCAAAUCUACGACGACCGUG